AAUCUUCGACCUAAUUAUUUAGAACGUUAAGUCAAGUGACUUGAAGUGCUCAAGAUGUGCAAGGGAUAACACACGUGUAAGUUGAAUGCCUACUGAAGUACCAGUGGCCGUCCAGUCGAGAGGUCACAUCAAAGCUGGUGAGAUGAGUCUCAAGUUAUUGGCUGCUUUCUGCUCCCUUGUCACCGUUGGUGGAGCCGUAUAUCCGUUCCAAAACACAAGUCUGCCAUGGGAUGACCGCGUGAACGACCUGGUGUCCAGGCUGACCUUAGACGAAAUUCAACUUCAAAUGGCUAGAGGAGGGACUGGGCCUGGUGGAGGUCCAGCUCCUGCUAUUCCAAGACUAGGUAUAGGGCCCUACGUCUGGAACACGGAAUGUCUGAGGGGGGAUGUGAGUGCCCCUGGUACUGCCACCGCAUUUCCUCAAGCCAUUGGCCUGGCUGCAACAUUUAGCCGUGAUAUUGUGGGUAGAGUAGCUGCGGCCACUGGUCAAGAGGUCAGAGGCAAACAUAAUGAUUUUGUGAAGCAAGGACUAUUUGUGAGUCAUACGGGUGCUAGCUGUUUUAGUCCAGUUAUUAACAUAGCCAGAGACUCACGAUGGGGCAGAAUUCAGGAAACUUACGGAGAAGAUCCCUAUCUGACUGGUCAGCUCGCGCAAAGUUUUGUGUUUGGUCUACAAGGCAAUGAUUCCAGAUUUAUACAAGCCAGUGCAGGCUGCAAACACUUUGAUGUCCAUGCUGGUCCAGAAAAUAUUCCAGUGUCUAGAUUCUCAUUCAACGCCCAGGUGUCAGAUGAAGACUGGCAUAUGACAUUCUUACCUUCAUUUAAGUCUUGCGUGAAGGCUGGCACCUAUAGUCUGAUGUGUAGUUAUAACAGGAUCAAUGGAAUACCAGCCUGUGCUAACAAACAGCUUCUGACGGACAUUGCCAGAACGGACUGGGGCUUCAAAGGUUACGUCAUAAGUGAUGAAGGGGCAAUCGAAAACAUCUGGACUCAACAUCACUACACCAACAACAGCGUUGACACCGUGGCUGCGGCCGUAUCCGCCGGAUGCAACAUGGACCUGCCCGGUGGUGAAAUCACCCCUGUCUAUCUAUCAUUAGUUGAUGCAGUCAACCAAGGGAAGCUAACCGAGGAAAUUGUCAGAGAGAGUGUUAAGCCCCUUUUCUACACCAGAAUGAGACUGGGUGAGUUUGACCCACCAGACAACAACCCUUUUGCCAAACUUGACAGCAGUGUUGCUGAAUCUCCUGAACACCAAGCGCUGGCCCUGGAGGCUGCCAUGAAAUCUUUUGUUUUGUUGAAGAACAGAAACAAUUUUCUACCUCUCAAGCCUGGAGCUUUUAAAAAUGUGGCAGUGAUUGGUCCAAUGGCUGACAACGUGGGUCAAAUUUUCGGUGACUACUCUCCAACCAUCUUGCCCAGCUACGUGAAGACGCCACUUCAAGGGAUAAGGGAGAUCUUUCCAGACGGACAGAACCUGCCUGUGUGUCUCGAUGGAAACCGCUGCCAGUCUUACAAUGCUACCGCAGUGGCCGCCUCAGUGUAUAAAGCAGAUCUCGUCUUCGUGGUAUUAGGCACAGGAACUGAUAUCGAAAGUGAAGGUAAAGACAGACCCGAUGUUGAACUUCCGGGUCACCAGGCUGCUCUAUGGAUUGAUGCCGCUUACUACAGUGGUAACGCUCCUGUGGUUCUCAUACUGUUGAACGCUGGUCCCCUGAACGUGUCCCUAGCCGAUAGAGCCGACAGGGUGCCGGCCAUCCUGGAAUGCUACUUCCCAGCCCAAGCCACCGGAGAAGCCUUGAGAAACAUUUUAACCAAUUCUGGAGACUUCGGUUCACCAGCAGGGCGAGUUCCUCUCACAUGGCCGUACUAUCAAUACCAGAUGCCGCCCAUGGUGAACUACUCAAUGGUUGAACGAACGUAUCGCUACAUGACGACUCCGCCUCUGUAUCCAUUCGGCUACGGCUUGUCCUACACUACCUUUAACUACUCCGUAUUCUACUAUGUGACGGCCAUUAAGGCCAAUGAGAGUCUGAAUGCCUGGUUCAGUGUAACAAACACAGGGACCGUCGACUCGGAUGAGGUUGUCCAGUGCUAUAUCAGCUGGUCAGACAGAACACUGCAGGUGCCGAAUCUGCAGUUAGGCUACUUUGAUCGUAUCCACAUCAAGGCUGGACAGACUGUCCAAGUUGAGGCUACCAUUCCAGGCGAGGUCAUGGCUUUCAGAGAUCAAGGACAGUGGGUGAUAAAAGCUGGCCUGAUGUACUUGUACUGUGGUGGGCAGCAACCUUUCCAGAAAAAAUCAGCACCUUCCAAUAUGUUGUAUGGACAGUUUGAGAUUAUUUCAACACUUCGAGCCAGAAUUUUGUAAACGCCAUAUGGCCGGUGUACACGUUAAUUUUCAAUAAGAUUUAAUUAUUGCAUAUGAGUAUUUUAACUGGCGGCUGGUAUCUUGAAUUUUAAAUGUAAGAUGCAGUUAUUGUGACGGAGACUGAUCCAAUAAACAAUUGUAUUUAUAUGGACACAGCUGAACUA